GGUCCAGUGGGACCAGGUUCUUAAAUGUCUGAUGUUUAAGGAAGAAUACCAGUUAGGAGACACGUAAAUUCACCACUGCUUUUCCAAUACAUUUUUUACUUUGCUCUCAGUUCUCUCUGCGAUCAUCAUUUUCCCAUAAACUUCUCUCGGGCAGGCAGAGACACCAUGCUUGCAGAGAAUGAUGAGAUGCCAAUUGGUUGGCCACUUGGACUUGGCUUCUUGAACAUGAGACUUAGAGUUGGGGAAUCCUUCCCUACAGCUUCAAUGGCACCAUACCAAUUGCACGUGCCAUCCACCAGUUUCUCUUCAUUUUCAUCCUCUAACCUAGAUACAGAGUCGACGGCAUCGUUCUUCCAAGACAACAGUGUAUCCCUUGCCCAACUGAUUGGAGUUAGAGCAGGAGAAAGAGGACGCUUGUACUUCCCAAACUCACGGUUUGAAGAAAGGAAAAAGAAAUUAGCAAAGGCUUCUACUUCUGAUGCCUCUAAAAUGGAUAUGUCUCGAGUCAUUUGCAUACCCUUGCUAAAAAUUAGGAAGAGUAAGAAGAGUUCAAGGAACUAACUACAACACCACUGCACCAUUUCCAAAAACCAAUUCAUAAAUUUGUUGUUGCUCCUAGUCAAAAUCGAGUGACGAUGACCAGUUAUUUCAGUCACUUUUUCUUUACAUCACUCAUUUGAACUUUCUCAAGUUUGUUGUGUCGUUUUUUCAUUUCAUACCAUAGCAAAUUAAUAAAAGGUUACUUGUAUUUUCUUA